AGAAAACUGCAAGGCAGGGGAAGCUUUUUUGAGGCUGGAAGAGAAGAAGAAGAGGAGGAAGAAGAAGAAGAAGCAGUAGCAUAUACAGAUUCCCUCUGCAGCCUCUUUAGCUGUCUGUGUCUGACCCCUAACCUUAUGGACUAGAUUCCUCCUCAGGUGAUUUCUUCAGUGUGGGAUUUUUUGUUUUUGUUUAAUUUCUCACCAAGAUGCAGGCACAGCUGGCAUGUAUGCUUCUCCUCUGUUUCACAUGUGGUGGACUUUGCACAGACAUCAACCAGGACCAGCGAGCGCUAGAAGAGGAGCUUCUCAGCAGUCUCUUCACUUCUAAGAUGAAACAGAAUAAGCAGAGUGCCCCCUACUGGCGUGUGUCACUGACCAACCUGUGCAGGAUGGUGAGCGGCCUGAGGCAGGAGGCGUGGAGUGGCGAGGAGGAGGAGGAUGGCGAGCCGAGGGAGGGGAGCCGAGGGCUGCUGGAAGAGCUGUACAACCUGCAACAUAUCUGCCGAGCGCUGCAGAGUCGGGAGGAGAGGCUACUCAAUGACUCUCUUGAAUAUUUAGAGGAGAACAGUGACAAUCCGCUGAAACGAAAAUCGCCCUACAUUCUGAAGAGGCAAGCAACGCACACCACCAAGUCCCGGAGGCCGUACAUCUUAAAACGAAGUACAAUUUACUGACAAACCAUCCCAGAGAGGAUCAGACCAUAUACUUUCUGUGAAGAUGUGAUCGUGUUUUUUUCUGUCUUCUCGUAGCUGCAAUGUUUUUUCUUUUCCCGUUGUCGUUUCUAUCCAGUCAGACCCUUUGAUUGUAUGUCCAGCAUUGAGGCCUGCCUGUAUUUUUGCUCCUCUCAAGUAUAGGUCCUGAAAAUAAAAUCCUGAGCGUCAAGCAAAUUGUGUAUCUCUGAGAAACUGUAUUUAUUUACUCUAUUUCUUCACUGCACACUAAGUCCUAUUUUCUUUCAGGAUAUGAGUAAAGGAUUCAUGAUACAAAACCA